AUGAUUGAAGACAAUAAUUAUGCUUUUCUUAACAGCAACAUCUGGUCGUUUAAAGCGCUCGUACCCCCCAACCUGAGUCAGCAGCAGCAACAAACGUAUUCAAUUCAUGCGGAUCAUCAGGCAUACAGACACCAGCAGCAGCAGCACCAGCAGCAGCAGCAGCAGCAGCAGCAGUGGGUCAAUCAGUUGGGGGCUGGAUGGCAUGCAGAAGCUCAAGAGGAUAUUCACUAUACCCAUUUGGAUCCUAUGUUCAACGACCAGCAGCACCACCACCAGAUGCUGCAGCAGCAACAGCAACAACAGCAGCAGCAGCAGCAGCAGCAGGUAUUUGGCAGCAACAGCAGCAGCAACAGCAACAGCAACCCGUUCUUUUUAGCAGGCGAGUGGGACGAAGAGAAAGAUUUUAUUUUAUUUGACUCUCCAAUUAAAAACAACAAAAAAUUAAAUGCGCAGUUGCCUUCCUCAUCACACCCCGAUGAAAGUACUAAAGGAACAAGAAAAACAGCAGCAGCAGCAGCAGCAGCAGCAGCCGCUGCUGCUGCUGCUGCAGACAAAAUGCAGCAUGCAAAUGCAACAUGCAGGCCCACUCCGCCGCAGCAGCACAAUCAGCAGCAGCAACAGCAGCAGCAGCAGAAUGUCUUUCAUGGGUGGGAAGACGAGCACCGCUGUUUGCUUCCUUUCGAGGCAACAAACUGGCAGCAGCAGCAGCAGCAGCAGCAGCAGCAGCAGCAAGGGGAGUGGGGUGUCAGUACCUGCUGGGGCGAGAGCAGCAACGACUACCGCUUCAACAUUGAACGGUCGGUGCUGCAGCUAGUGCAAGAGAGCCCUGCUAGGCCUUGCAGUCUGCAGCAGCAGCAGCAGAUGCAGCAGCAGCAGCACGUGCAGCAGCAGCAGAUGCAGCAGCAGCAGCAGCACAUGCAGCAGCAGUGCGUGCAGCAGCAGCAGCAGCAGCAGCAGCACAUGCAGCAGCAGCACAUGCAGCAGCAGCAGAUGCAGCAGCAGCAGCACAUGCAGCAGCAGUGCGUGCAUGCAGCAGCAGCAGAUGCAGCAGCAGCAGCACAUGCAGCAGCAGUGCGUGCAGCAGCAGCAGCAGCAUGUGCAGCAGCAGCAGCCGCAGCACGUGCAGCAGCAUCAGCAGCAGCAGGUGCAGCAGGAGGCGCAGCAAGGACCUUCGGCGAGACUACAGAGAAGGCCCCAGGCACUCCUACUGCAACGGCUGGAAGCGAAGAUAGAGAAGAAGAAAUGCAGCAGCAACAAGCAGCACUCAACAGCAGCAGCAAGCUCAAUGCACUUCCUCCUUUUGGCCUGCAGCAGCAGCACCAGCAACAGCAACAGCAGCAGCAACAGCAACAGCAGCAAGAUGAUCUUCGGGUGUAUCUGCGGCCUACCGACUUCUCCGCUGUACAUAGUACAAAUAAAGACAGAGAAGAGCAUUUUUAUAAGGGACAGCAGCAGCCAGAUCAGCAGCAACAACAACAACAACAGCAGCAGCAGCAGCAGCUGCAGCUGCAGCUGCAGCAGCAGCAGCAGGAACAGCAGGAGCAGCAGGAUCAGCUAGAGCAGCAGCAGCAAUCAUUGAAUGGUUUGCGUUUUCUUUGGGGAGAUUCGGCGUCAGUGUUGGAUACAAAUUUGCACAAUGCUGCAGCAGCAGCAGCAGCAGCAGCAGCAGCAGCAGCAGCAGAUAUACAAUUCUUCCCUCUGCGUAGCGACAACAGCAGCACUAGGGAAGUGGAAUAA